GUACAAGCUCGAGGUUUGUCCGGAGGCAGCAACAGCACUGGAAAGCAUGGGACAGCGGGGUGUCGUCGCCAUUGCCCUGUGCGGAACCUGUCAGAGCGGAAAGACGUAUCUGGCAAACCAUCUGCUGGACCGUCCGCAGCAAGGUUUGCCAGUACUUCAGGUUGGAGGAAGCCUGUGGUCAACCACACGAACGGAAGGUGUCUGGCUAUGGGCAGGUGGAGCAGAUAAAGAUGACAGGAGCCCUGUUAUUCUGCUCCUGGACUGCGAGGGCUUCGGUGGCGCCGGUGCAUCCGUGACCGACAACAGCUGUCAUGGCGCCUCCAGGGACAUGCAGCUCCUGGCUCUGUGCUGGUUGCUUUCCUCCGCAGUG